CUCCUGCCAGAAAUAGACGAGGUGAUCACUCCACUCUUUUAGCCCAACCCAACCCAGAUUGAAAUCGCACAUCGCCACCACUUACGCUCGUCCAUUUGGAAGCGGUUUUGGGCAGCGAUCGAUGCUGCAGUCAAGGCUUGCCUUUGCUUGAUCGCUCAGCUUGUUUGCACAUGAAGAGACCACCCAUCGUCGUCGAUUGACCGCAUCAACACCACCACGCCCAUUGCUCGUCCAUGAAGCUCUAGCUGGUGUUACAGCGCGCGCGGAAACGAAGUUCGACAACUGAAUUCCUUGCUAUAGCCCGAGAGAGGAGCACGGGUGUCCAUGUCUCGACCUCACGCUCCCGAUCCAAAUUCGCUCGGCGCACUUUUGCUCUAACAUGCCGCGGCCGACACCGCCGGCCGAUGUUGCUGCCGCCAACCAAUAUCUUGGGGUCUUGGGGGGUAGACGCCGGCCGUCAUGGAUAACAACCACGCCUGCCGCCGCCUCGAAUCUCCGCACCAAACGAACGUUUGACCAAGCACUACCACCAGAUUUGCCCCGGUCACUGCCACCUUCUUCCGACAGCCUCGCACAGCAACAAUCAAUUCACCCCAAUGUUCUCCCGUCCCCAGCACCUAGCGACGAACCGAGUCCCACGGCCACGAUCCCACAGGACAGCGCCAACCAGAACCCACUGUCGGACGAGGCGCCGCCACAGAGCAUGCUGACCCCCGGUUCGGCGCCGGAUGCCCUCCAUAGCACACCGGUGACCGAGACCAGGCUACCUGCUCCAGCUGGCUUGGCCGCUCUCGACAACCAGGCGUUGAACAUCGGACAUGGCAGCCCACCGGGGCCAGCGACGGUGCUCGUCUCAGAGACCUCGGGGUUCUGGAUUCCGCCAGCUGCCGCAAACGCGCCCGACACGUCUCCCGUCUCUGUCAACGUUGCGUCCCCCCAGACGCCUCAACCAUUUAUGUUGUCGAAUGGGGCCUCGUCCAACAUUCCGCCAUCAGCCAUGUCUCCGGCACCGAGGACGCCAGGUCAAUCUCCCCAGGUGCAGACCGGUAACCUGCCUAAGAAGCGGCGUGUCGGUUCAACCGCAAAUCCCUUUUCCGAGGACCUAAAAAUGUACCUCGCGGCAAAAAUACAAAGUAUGCCCCAAGGCCUCGCUCGCUCGAGGAUGAUAUUGGUGUCCGACGCGUAUCAAAAAAGCGAUUUGGCCUUCCUCCAUAUCCACCAAACUUACUGCGCCUGGUCGCAAGGUGAACUGGCGACACUCACCGAGAAGCGCGGGAUACCAUGGUCCACGGUCGAUAAGGCUUUCGAAAUCCUGAAGAAGAUUCUUAAGGACAAUCUGACACUCUCGGCCGACAGUCUCAGAUAUUUCACUGCGGUCCCUGGACCGCUGGAAGCGGCCAUCACAAAGCCAUGGCUCAGUUUUGUCGAGAGCAUGGCCAACCAGUGGGAGAAUACCGUCUACGUGGCCUUCUCCCAGAAGCGUCCCCUGUUGGUCAGCGAAAUGAUUUGCUUUCUGGGGUGCCGAUCCAUCGUUAUGCAGAAGCUCCUGUUCACAGCGAAUAGGAGAAGCCUCGGCAUCAUAGAUGAUGCCGGGUUGGGCGCGACGAUAGAUGCCGUGUUCGCCCAGGAUCAGCGCUGGGCCAUGAGCACACCCGAUUUUCAAGUCGGGAACAGCCAAGGUUUAACAUGGCAGUACUUGGAAAGCAGGAGUCAGAGACUCGUUGGUCAGUAUCAAGCCUGCGUGAUGGCGGCGAACACCGCGAUCGCCGCGAACACCGCGAACACCGCGAACACCGCGAACAUCGUGAACACCGCGAACAACUCGAAUCAGACCUUUGCUAGCCAGGAUAGCUCGACAUCUUGGGCCCCUUGGUCGACCUCACCGGCCGCCAGCUUACCCCAGGUCCUUCAGUCCCCGAACCCAUUCGGCACGCAGCGCCAGCAACAUCAGCAGCAGCAGCAGCAGCAGCAGCAGCAGCAGCCCACGCAACCAGCAGCGUAUCCCGAUGGGGCGCACAGGCAGCAGAACACACGGGCAUCGGUAAUGGGUACAGGAAUGGAGAGCAUGACUGGCACCAGUUACGCGACCCAGGCGCCACUGAUGCUGCCGCAAACGAUGAGCCCCGGCAUCCAUGGCGGCGUGCAUCCAAACGCCACGCAACAGCAGUCUUCGGCGCAGACAUCACAAAACUUCCCCGUGGGCCAGCAGUUUUCUCGAGCACCAGGGUUUGCUGUCCAGGCUCCACCACCGAUCUUCAGCCCAUACACUACGCAAGCGCCGACACCAUCGCGACACCCACAUCACCAACAGCUGAUACAGGAAUAUCGUCGCCAAUCGCUGCCCCUGGCGCAGGCAGCAUCUCCCACUACCACGGUCCCGUCGAAUGGCCAUAUGCUUCCACCUGCAUCCAAUGUUGUUUUCCCCAGCCAGCUCCAGGGUGCCUCCGCGCAUACGGUGGUGACUGCCAUGCCGAAUAUAGUGCCCAGCAAUGGUGACACGUAUGGUCGCGUCUAUCAAGCUUAUCAAGCUCGCCACGCGGCACCUGCCCCUGUAGGGCCCCCUUCGGCUCCAAUUAAUCGGGAAACCCCUCUGCUCCCGCCUGUGGGAGAGCUUAUACCAAGGCACGAGCACUCCCACGAUCAGUACCACGAGAGCUCCAUGAACAUGACGCUGCACCAGGUGCACUUGCGAAGCCCCGUCAGGACGAAUCGGGUUCUCACCGGCAAACGGGAGACUCCACAACGUCAUUAUCAGUUCGUCAACGGAUUCGCCGUCGCCCCUGUGGUGGUGGCCAGCUCCAGUCACGGUAUCACUGAGCUUGACUUCGACGUCGAUAUUGAGACGAUAUCGCGACUUUCCAAGCCCGUCCCACAGCAAGGGCGCGACCCGCAAGUCCCAGUUCACGAGUAUGAAGACGGCACGCUGCGCAUGCGACUGCGAUGCUGCAAAAUUGACAGCGCCACAGCAGACCUGUCCCAGUCGGCAUGGGCUAGUCUCGAGACUUCGUGGCCGGCGCACAUCUUCAUGGUGCUCAACGGCAGGACGGGUCUGACGCCGAAGCGGAAGCCGCACUAUGGCAAGGAUCUCCCUGCCGAGCUCACAUCGCAUAUCGGCUGCGGGAAGAACCAAGUCAAGAUCGCGCUCGCAAUGCACCAGGCGCCCCUGGAGUACUUUGCGGUGGCGGUGGAGACGAUUGUUACAAAGAGCCAUUCGUCUCUUUGGAACCAGACCCGCAACCACCAAGUUACACCUCGAGAGAAGACAUUGGAGGUGAUUCGGAAGCGAACCAGCAGCAGCAGCAACAACGACAACGACGACGAUGGCAUCAUGAUUGUGACUGAGGAACUACCUAUCGAUCUCGCAGAUCCGUUUUCGGCCGUUUUGUUUGAGACGCCCGUCCGAGGCGCCAAUUGCACACACCUGGAGUGCUUCGACUUGAAGCUUUGGCUCGAGACGCGCGAGCGCAAGCCCGCCUACAAGUGCAUCUCGCACAAGGCAGAUACCUGUGACGCGACGUGCCGCUGGCAAAUUUCGGAACCGACUCUAGUGGACAAGUGGCGGUGCCCAAUCAAGAGCUGUUCGGGCGACGCUCGUCCAUGCAGCCUGGUGGUGGACGGCUUUUUGCUCGAGGUGCGCCAGAAACUCGAGUCCGCCGGCCGGCUGGACGUGCGAAGCAUCCGUGUUUCGGCAGACGGGUCCUGGAAGCCGGUUCCGGAAAGGCGCGAGAAGGUCGAUGACCAUGACGACUCGGGCAGCGACGACGAUCUCAAAGGCAAGCACGUGCUGGGCCGGCGGAGCAAGAGCAAGAGCGGACCAAGCAGAGCGUCCUCGACUAGUAGCGUCUAUCCGGAUGUUCGCGCUCUCCAUGGGCCGCCAGAAAUCAUCGAUCUCACCUGAGUGGACAGCCGAAUACAGAGUCCGCAUCAUCACGGUCAUAUAGCUGGACAUUCAUCCUUCCCUCCCCACCACCUCCAUACAGACACGACAUCCACAUACCUUGUUAUCCUUUUUCUCUUUUGGUUCAUAUUUGGGCGUUUGGUUAUCAGCAUAUACACAUGGUCACGUCGCGACGGGACUCGCGGCUACGGAUGGAUGAUAGGAAAAGGCGCCUCAAGGGAAGCAUGGGCGUUUCCCCUCUUUUUUCUGGAACUAUUGUUCCCAUAGUAAUCAGGUCCUUGAUAUCUGGCGUCAUUUUCUUUAUCGUCUUCGGGUCUGGAGCUUGGAAUCGCAUCGCAGGUGCACAUCGAGCGUUGUCUUGCGGCGUUAUUUUCUCAGCUGGGUUGCUGUGUCCCUUGAGAGGGCACAGGUAGAGGCGAGAAAUGGUGGAAAGUAGGGAGUCGUGACCGAUGAGCCAUGUGGUAGGCACUGGGCACGCCACUCACUGGGACUGCCUCCCGCAUAUACCCCCUGUUUUGCACUGUACGGAUGGUGUUUGUUCGGGACGUUGCGCCAGCCAGGUACUUGCCUCGGUCCUAUCUAGGUACUUAGCUACCAAGGUAAACAGCAAGCAAUGGGCGCUGCGACAAUUUAUGGAAAUGGGACGGGGGACUACGAAAUGAACAAGUUUGGGGGCAGGUUGAUGUUGCCCAAGGCGCGAUGCUGAAGCCAUUAACUACCUGGGGGUUCCACCUUCUUGACCCCUUCCUAAGGAGAGGGACACAAAACCCCCAUUAUCCACUAAACCUCCACUACGCUUUUUGUAAAUGAAUUUAGUGCACACAAUAAAAAAGCAAAUGUAAUUUAGAAAGCAGUUUUAAAACAAGCGCGUUAAUAAAUAAAUAAAUAAAUAAAUAAAUA